CUUUGCACACAUGCAGCACCUCUAGUCUAUAAAUACGUUGUUCUUGCUACAAACUCAGUCACCAGCACACACAGUAGAAGCCCUCUAAAUAAACAGAGUAUUCUCCAGUUGAAGAAAUGGCUUCCAGUAGAAAUGCAUCUGUAGCGCUUUUCUUCGUCCUUAACUUUCUCUUCGUUUCCCUGGUCGUGCCGUGUGGUACCAAUUGCACCACUCCUGCAGUACCUCCUGCAGUACCUUCAAGUGGGAAAUGCCCUAAAGAUGCCCUAAAAUUAGGAGUGUGUGCCGAUGUUCUUAACCUGGUGAAGAACGUCGUCAUCGGAUCUCCUCCCACGCUCCCAUGCUGCGCUCUCCUUGGAGGUCUUGUCGAUCUCGAAGCUGCUCUUUGCCUCUGCCUCGCCAUUAAGGCCAAUGUUUUGGGGCUCAUACCCCUCGACCUCCCAGUUGCACUCAGCCUUGUUCUUAACAACUGCGGCAAGAAACUACCCAAUGGCUUCGAAUGUACCUAAGUUCUCUAGCCCUAGCGAGCAAGACACCAUGCAAGUUAUUUGAUUUGCUGCGAGAGGGUGGGAUUUGUUAUCAUUUUAUAAUUGUAUAAUUGUGGGUGUAUUCUUGUUAAUUUCAGUUCUUUUAUCAUUACAUUACAGAAAGAAAAUGCAAGUUGCCUUUUCUUUCUAAAAUAUAUUUAAUUGAUGAAUUAAUAAAUAAAUUUUUAUGUAA